AUGAGAAUGCCAAUAUGCAGUAGUCGUAGUAGUAUUGUUUCUCAAACAAUACUAAGAUCGACUCUAUUUUGCAACUACUCUACGACGAUCAAACCAAUUAAAAAUAUAGAUAGAUUUAUGAAAGAUUUAAAGAAUGAUCAAUCAGAUAUCAAUCAAUUAAUUAAUAGUAAUAAAGAGAAACAUGAAACAACUACGACUACGACUAAAACAACAUUAGAAUCAUCAUCUGCUGCUGCUGCUGCUGGUGGUGGUGGAGCAAUGAAUAGUAAACAUAAGAAUAUUCUAAAAAGAUUAGAAAAGAAAGAACCAAUUCAAUUCAAUAAGCGUUCUUCUACAAAUACAACCACCACCUCCUCUCAAAGAUCAACACCAAUAGAAAAAACAACAGAACAAGAAGAAGAAGAAUUAUUGACAACAACAGCAGCAGCAGAGAAUGUUAUGAUUGAAAAUGAAUCAAGACAAAAAAGAGAUGAUGUAAAAAGAGAAAGAGAAAGACAAAGAGAACAAGACCCAAGAUAUUAUCAAGAGAUUGCACCUGGAAUAGCUAUCAAUCCUCAAUUAUCAAAGUUGGACAAGAAACGUGUAUGUGUCAGUAGUACUGAUCAUUGGCAAGAAGCACAAGAUCAUGCUCAAAAGAUUGCUACUCAACUAGAUUUGGAUUACUUGGAAUGGAAGAGUUUAGAGGUAUUACCAACAGAUCUAUGUAGCUAUAUGGUUGUAUUGUUUGUCACCAAAGAUGGUGAAAUAUCACUCAACGAUCUAGAAAUGUUUGAAAACAAAAAGGGUCGUGUCAAGAGAAAGAUGACAUGUGCAGUAUCACUAGAUUACACCACCGGCGAAUUGGCAUUCAAGACAUUAAAAAAAACAUAUGCAAGGUCACCACUGGUAUUAUCUGUCACUUCUGGAAAAUCAUCAUCAUCAUCGGAACCUCUUAAUGUUUUGGAUAUUACAGGUGGUUUGGGUAAAGAUUCUUGGAUAUUGGCUUCAUUUGGUUGUAAAGUAACCAUUCUAGAAAGAAAUCCACUACUCAACUUUAUGAUGGAACGUGCGCUCGAAAAGGCUAAAGCUUCAUCCUCCACUGGUGGUGAAGGAAAUGCUUUGUUUUCAGAGAUUGCCAAUCGUAUCACUCUUGUAAAGACAGACUCUAUAGAAUAUCUUGUCAAAAAGAUUACAGACGCUGAUGGAUUGAAUCAAGAUCGACCAGAUGUUAUUUAUAUGGAUCCAAUGUAUCAAACAAAAGAAAAUGAAGACAACAACAAGGCACUCUCUAAAAAGGAUAUUAGAGCCAUUAGAAAGUUGGUUGGUGGUGACAGAGAAUCAAAGGUUCUUUUUGCUCUAAGUAAAAGAUUGGCAACAAAGAAAAUAGUUUGGAAGAAACCAAAGAAUUUAGGUGCUCACUUGGGUGUAGAUUCUCAUUAUAGAUCAACUGAUACUCGUUUUGAUGUUUUCCUUAUGAAUAAGAAUAAUAAUAAUAAUAAUUCAGAUGAUGUCCUUAAUAAUAAUAUUCAAGAGGAAAAAUAA